AUGUCCGAAGUAGAAGCUACGCUGAAUGCAUACCGAGCGAGGCUUGCGGAUGGCGGCAACUCCAGUCCUUUCCUCAACCCCACACCCGAGACAGGCAGACGAUAUGAAGCGCCCAUCGCCACCGCACAGAGCGAAGGACUACCAAUAAUCGACCUCUCUGCGUUUCUGGAUUCCAACUCAUCGCAAGAAGCACGCCAGACCACUGCCAAAGCCAUCAACGCUGCGUGCAUCAACUACGGCUUCUUCUACCUCACCGGCCAUGGCAUCCCUCUUUCCAAGCUUGACGAAGUGAUUGCGUUAGGACGAGAUUUCUUCGCACUGCCGCUCGAGGAGAAGAACAAAGUCAAGCGCUUUGACGCAGGCGGUCCCGAAGGCGGCGAUGGCGCGAGAGGCUACCAGGGCCUUGGGGAGAACAUCACCAGCGGUCUGCGAGACAUGCAAGAAGCGAUCGACUGGUACGCCGAAUGGCCCGCCGACAAACGGGAGACUGGAAACGGUGGGCCGGGUAGUCUCAAGACACUCCAGGGCCCCAAUCUCUGGCCCGAGCUGCCCAAGGACUUGAAGCCGAUUUAUCUGGACUACAUCGAGCGCGUCAAGAAAGUUGGUGAAGCGCUCGUACAUGCCAUGGGGGUCGCGCUCGAUCUUGGUCCUCCUGGUUCUGAUAAUCCAGAAGAUGAAGAGGUCUUUGUGAGGAAGUGCGAGGACUCGUUUUGGGUUAUGCGCAUGAUUGGAUACCCGCCGCUUCCAAGCCCGCAGACUCCAGGAACCGACGAUGCGCAAUUCUCCUGCGGCGCACAUACGGACUAUGGCUGCGUGACUCUAUUGCACGCCGAUUCUACCCCGGGCGCUUUGCAAGUACAGCUCAAAGACGGGACGUGGCUGCCUGCAGAUCCCGUACCGGGCGCUUUUGUCGUCAAUAUCGGUGACAUGAUUGAGCGCUGGACGAAUGGGCUCUGGAAGAGUACUAUGCAUCGUGUGAUUCAUCGGGGAAAGGAGGGCGAGUAUAGGAUCAGUUUGCCGUUCUUCUACGAGCCGAAUUUCCAUACGACGGUUAGGCCGUUGGAGAAGUGUGUAAGGGAGAGUGGGCGGGAGGAGAUGCAUAAGGGGAGCACGUAUGGAGAACACUUGCUCACAAAGGUGUUUAGCAAUUUUUACUACAGUAAGAGGACGGAUUGGUGA